CAAAGAUCACAACCAAAAACAACUCAACACAAUGGGGUCCCUAAUGGCCUCUCUCACUCUUUUAUUGGCUUUACUCUCUCUUACCUUCCCUUCUCAAAUCCUUGCUGAUCACUACUUCUACUCAUCUCCUCCACCUCCUAAGAAAUAUCCUCCUAUUUCUCCUCCUUACCAUUCCCCAUCCCCGCCAACUCCGGUUUACUCACCUCCUUCUCCCUCACCACCAAUUUAUUCUCCACCACCGCCAAAAGCUCCUUACCAUUAUCCAUCACCUCCUAAGAAGGGUGGAUACAAACACCAUUCUCCGCCACCGCCAAUUUACUCUCCUCCCAAGCAUUACCCUUCUCCAUCACCCCCAGUCUACUCACCACCAAAGGCUCCUUACCAUUAUCCAUCUCCUCCACCCCCGGUUUACUCUCCUCCCAAGCAUUACCCUUCUCCAUCACCCCCAGUCUAUUUGCCACCAAAGGCUCCUUACCAUAAUCCAUCUCCGCCACCACCGAUUUACUCUCCUCCCAAGCAUUACCCUUCUCCAUCACCCCCAGUCUACUCACCACCAAAGGCUCCUUACCAUUAUCCAUCUCCUCCACCACCGGUUUACUCUCCUCCCAAGCAUUACCCUUCUCCAUCACCCCCAGUCUAUUUGCCACCAAAGGCUCCUUACCAUAAUCCAUCUCCGCCACCACCGAUUUACUCUCCUCCCAAGCAUUACCCUUCUCCAUCACCCCCGGUCUACUCUCCCCCGAAGGCUCCUUACCAUUAUCCAUCUCCACCACCACCAGUUUACUCUCCUCCCAAGCAUUAUCCUUCUCCAUCACCUCCAGUUUACUCGCCACCACCAGUUUAUGCUCCUCCCAAGCAUUAUCCUUCUCCAUCUCCUCCAGUGCACUCGCCACCAAAGGCUCCUUACCAUUAUCCAUCUCCUCCACCACCGGUUUACUCUCCUCCCAAGCAUUACCCUUCUCCAUCACCCCCGGUCUACUCGCCACCCCCAGUUUACGCUCCUCCCAAGCAUUAUCCUUCUCCAUCUCCUCCAGUGUACUCGCCACCACCAGUUUAUGCUCCUCCCAAGCAUUAUCCUUCUCCAUCUCCUCCAGUGUACUCGCCACCAAAGGCUCCUUACCAUUAUCCAUAUCCUCCACCACCGAUUUACUCUCCUCCCAAGCAUCACCCUUCUCCAUUACCCCCAGUCUACUCUCCACCAAAGGCUCCUUACCACUACCCAUCUCCCCCUCCCCCUCCUAAGAAGAGUGGGUAUAAACACCAUUCUCCUCCACCACCAAUUCAUGGUUACCCUCCUAAGACACCUUCCCCACACCACCACCACCACUACCACCACCAUCACCCGGCACCACCAAAGGCUCCGUACCAUUACCCAUCUCCUCCACCACCACCCAAGAAGCCUUACAAGUAUCCAUCUCCUCCACCUCCAUAUAGUCCUAAGCCAGUGUACCACUCUCCUCCUCCUCCUACUUCUCCCACUCCUAUCUAUUCCCCACCUCACAAGCCCUAUGUCUACGCUUCACCACCCCCUCCUUACUACAACUAGAGAGUGGCUUUGCAUAGCUAGCAUUUCUAUCUUUUCAGGGUUUGAAGAAUAUAUAUUGAGCAAAAUAAAGAAAGCGACGGAAUGAAGCAAGCAAGAAUGCGAAAUCCACAAACGAAGGAUCAAUGGAAGCAAGGUUUCCGCGUUUUGUCUUUAAAAAACAUAAUGAUAUAUAUAUAUAUAUAUAUGAAUGCUAAAUUAGCUAGUUUUUCUGUCUUUUUCUGCUUGGAGUGGUAGUGUAUUUAGAAAUUGUAAGCUGUAAGGCACGUCGUGCUUUUUCAUGUGGUCCCAUUUAGCGCUUAUGUUAGUUCAAUAUCAAAUACUCAAUGGUACAUGCGUGCAUGCACUGUUGACUGAAAAGUUGGAGUGGAGCCUUUAAAAUUUAGAGUUAAUACUGUUCACCAAA